AUGCCUGAAAGACCGAAGCGCCGUAAAAAUAAUAAAAACAAACGUAAAAAUAAAAACAAUAAGCCAGAAGUGAUCAAAAAUAAUAGUGAUGAGAAAAAAUUGGACAGUGCUGAAUCGUGUAAUAGUAAAACGGACAGCAAAGAGGAUUUAGUUGAAAAUGAAUCAAUUGACACGAAGGAAAUUAAACAGGAAAUUUUGCAACCUUCGUUUGAAAAUGAAAACGUGACAGGUAGUACUUCUAAUGAUGUAGUUAAUUUGAAUGGUGAUUUAAAUAACAACAACGAUCAAGUUACUGACAAUGUGCCGAUCUUACCAACAGAGAAAUGCCAUGUUGUAGAUACUGUAGAUGCUUCAGCUUAUGUUGUUGAAGCUCCUGGCCAAUCCCGUCAUAGCAAAAGUAAAGGCAAAUUAUCAAGCAAAAGUAAAAGUUUGGAUGAUGAUGAAGCUACUAAAAUUGUCGAUAUUACGGAAGAUAUUUCAGCUGAGCCUUCAAAUGAAAAUGCUUUGGCUUUAAUAGACACUCAAAAUGUCAUAGUCACGCAUGUUGAUUCUGAUGUGGAGUGGGAAAAUGCUGCAGAGCUUAACGACGGUGCUAAACAGCCACAAGAACUGGUAACGGGAACUUUAUCAAUUACCUCGAUCCCUCUUACUGUAGCACAGUGUGAACAGACAAAAUCUUUGACACCUGAUGAAGAAAAAUCUUUAAGAAGUUAUUUGAAUACUCUUAACUUGGCAACUCAACCAGAUGGCACAAAUUCUAUAGAAAUAAAAACUGAAAUCGAAGAAAUAAUAAACCAAGAAAUUAAACACAGGUUGCGCAAAAAAGCAAUGGCUGAUGACUUUUUCUUACACAGGUUAGGCCCUCCAAGAAUGUUAGAUGUUAUUGAUGAAGAAGGUAGUAGCGGGUCAUCUAUGACCUCGAGACGUCAAUCUUAUCUCAGUGACAAGAGGAGUGAUGUUGAGGAUCUGGAAGACGAAGUAUUUGAAGAUAAUAAAAACAAAUUAACUAAACAGAAGAAAAUGAUGUCCACUGCCGUUCCUAAAAAAUCUUUUGGAAAACUAGUACCUCAAGAGUGUCUCUUAGUAGGUGCUAAAAUUAAAGAACCUGAAGUAAGUGAAGCCAGAGGCGAUUGGACUAUGAAAACUGUUGAGAAAAUGACUGGCGCCGAGGUUGUUUACUUAACAGAUACAUCCAGUAGUACAAGUUCGCUUCAUGAAAUCGGUGAUGAAGAUGAUGGUGUCGAUACUGAUGUAUCAGUGCGUAUGAUCACACCAACAAUUGAAGUUACCGAUACAGAAAAUUUCCUCAAGAAAACUUUCAUUUCAAACACUGGUAACGACAAGCAAGAUAUAUUUACUAACACUGAUAAAACAAAAGACCUUCCAAUAAAAAUUAUGGCUAAUGAAAAGGUAAGUGAAGACACAGACAAGAAAAAUAUAAGCAACGAGCGCGUAGUUAAGGUACAAGUGGAAAACGAUCAAAGUGUAAAUACAGAAACUAUUGUACCCGAGAAACUGAGGACUGAAAGGAUUAUAGAAGUUAUAUAUGAAAAAGAAAUGAAAGCAAACACUCAACAUCUACCUAGUGAUGGAACAAAACCUAAUGAACAUAUUAUAAAAGUAGCCUUAGAACAGGAUACCAAUAAAAAUGACGUGGGUAGUAACACGAGUACUAGCAAAGUCGAAAAUGAUUCCACAUCAAGGCUAGAAACCGAGAAGUGUUCUGAAGAAAAUAAAAAUAUUGUUGAAAAUAUUUCUAGUCAAAAUUCUCAUGAAAUCGUAGUUUUAUCGACGGAUAAUAUUAAAACCAACCUAUAUGUCAAAGAUAUCGAAGAACCUUUAAAUAAAGAUGACAACAAAAUGCAAGUAAAGCAAAACAAAUACGAGUUAGAGUCGAAACUCAUAAAAUGCGAGUUUAAUGACGCAAUAAAUAACUUGAUUAAGGAAGUUGUUUCUGAAUCGGAGGAAACAAAUGAGAAUGUAAAAGGAACAUUUUCACGUCAGGAUUCUUCAAGCAGUGUGGGCUCCUCUCAAUGCACGGCAAAAUAUAACCCUAAUUAUUCUUCCUUAAAUGAUAUUGUUAGCAUGUCGCAUGAUGAAACCACUAUGAAUAACAAGACAAACUCAGAACAAUUGUCUUCAACUACUAGUCAUGUCAAAGAUGUAUUUGAAUGUGUUACAGGAGCCUCACAUCAAAAUAAGACCAUAACCGAAGAUGACACAAAAGAACCGUUAAAAUUGAGAGAUUUGUGUGUCAGAAACAUUGCAACAUUGCCUUAUGGUAAGAAAAUACUUGAAGAAUUAGCAUCAGUAUCCGAACGUUUACAAAAUAUUGCACUUUUCGGAUCUACAGCAAAAGUAAUAGAUAAAAAACCAGACACCGACAAGAUGCCACACUAUCGGCUACCUGAUGUCUCAUCGAUUGACACGAUUACUAUACCAGUUAAAACUAAAGAUCCCGUACCUCCACCAGUUAAGCCUCGACGUUCUUCACUAAGGAAAACGUCCCAAGAAGAAGAACACUGGACUGGUGUACCUACAAAAACUGAACCUGUCUACGUUUGUCUUUCUCCUUCACAAAAAAUGCUAAUGGAAAAAACUAAUACUGUUAUAACAAAAGACGAAGCUAGCCAUCUUGUUGAUAUGCAUAGAAAAUUUGUAGAUCGUCGUGGUUAUAACGAACAAUACAAAAGUGACAAGGAGAGAGAAGAAAGUGAUACCGAUAAUACUCCAGUUAUACCAUUUAAAUCUCAAACUGGAAGCCGUUUGCUGGCUUUGAUUCGUGAUCCUACUCUCACAAAUAAUAUAAAUUCUCUUAACCAAAGGUUAAACAGUAGUACAGAUGAUAUUCAAAGAAAACGUACUACCACAACAUUCAUGAAAAGUAAUCAUGAUCGAUUUGCAAAUAGAGACUUCUCAUUUAAGCCGAUUCCACCUCCACGACCUAAAAAAUAUUCAUCAUCAUUUUAUGAAAGCGAUGAAAGUUCUGAUUUUACUGAUAGUUCAAUGAGGUCAAUGAAGAGUGAAAGAAAAUUCUUCCAUUAUUCUACUGGAAACUUAAAUAAAGAAAUUGAAAGUGAUGUCUCUUCAAUACAAAAUAUGCAUCGUUUCUUCACCGAUAAAAGAGACGAGAUAAACGACUAUAAAUGUCCGAGAAGACCUUCACUACCAAAAGAUUUAUGUGAACAACAAAUGGAAUAUAUCCGUAAAAAAGAAAAAGAAGUAGAAGCCGAAAUCCAACGCCUCGAAGCUUUAAAAAGCAAUAUUCCCCAGAUGCAAAACCAAUCUGGACCUAGAGCACCUUUGAUAUCAGAAAAGGAAGUGAUUGAUGAAAGAAUAAAAGAUUCUAAUAACUAUUCUAUAUCGCGCAAAAAAGAUGUAGUUAUGACAUCUCAUGGAUCUGAGCAUAGAAAAGGAAAGUUGUCUUCGGUAUUCAGCAGCAGUCAAGAGGAACUACUUCGCGAAAAAAUGUACUCAGAAUACGUAUCUCAAAUGGCAGAACGAGAGGAAAGGCGGCAACAUAAAGUCAUUAAAAUUACCAAUACACCAUCUUCUACGAAUCACAUAACGAUUUCAAAAAGUAUGCCAGCUCUUGACAUUCUUGAUACUAAAGUCAACAAUAGAAUAGAAAAAGAGUUUAUUUCUAAAGCUAGGGAACGGUGGGAUAAACUAGGUAUCAAAGACCCCGAAACUGAAGACGAGCGAGAAUCUUAUAACGUGUACAAAGAGCCUAAAGUGAUUGAACAUAAAAUUAAAGUGAUUGAAGGUGGCCAAGAGAAGGACGUUAAAAAGUUACCGAGUCACCUGCAAGAAUUUGUGCGGUUUACGGCAAAAGACACUGAAAAGAGCACGAGCAGCGCUGCCCUAUCAUUAAUAUACGUUAUAACUGGACAAUUCAGCGUCAUUUAUAAUUACAUCAACAUAAUAGACAAGCAUACAGAUACAGGAAAAUCCAUGCUUUUUAUAUGUAAUAGCUCGGCAAACGAGCAGACGGAUUACCCGAUGUUACAACUGAAAUGA